CCCACCUGGCCUAACAGGCUUCUCCCCAAACCUUCCCGGCUCCAGCUUGCAGCUCUGUCUGUCAGCCAGGGGCCUCUGGCUGGAGAAGCUCCUCUUGGCCAGCUCUUUCUUUUCACCCAGACUGUCCCCAGAGAGGCCACCAUUCCCUUGUGCUUCAGGUUCAGCUGCGAGGCCUUCUCAACGCUCCUUACGCUCGCUAAAGUCCCUACUCUCGGAAGCGGUCUCCCACUCUUCAUUGGCAUGAUCAGAAGAAUUCUGGUAGGAAAGCUCUGGGAAUCUGUGACCUCCAGGACCACUCUUGUCCCCAGGACAGACUUUGGGCCGGCCUGGCCACUGGCUUGCCAGCAGAUGGGACUCCUCCUCAGGUCCCCACAGGCCUAGGGACUCUCGACGGAGGCGAUGGAAGCGAGGGGGCUGGUGGCCUCCUCCGACAGAAGGGCCUGUUUUCUGCACCUUCAGAAUCAUCCCCGUGGUCAUCUUGGAAAAAGGACUUCUUGUCCUCCGUGCGGCUGUCCUCAAAAAGCCUGCUGCCAAAUGUGUCAGAGUGUCUGUAGGAGGUUUGACAGCUUUUUGUUGAAAGUCUAUUUUAUUGUGUUUUAGGAUGGCAACUCCAGCUUGUUUCUUGAAACCAAUUUCUUAGAAGACUUUUUCCAGGCUUUCACUCUUAGGCAAUAUCUGUCUUUUUCAUUUAGGUGUAUUUCUCAUUUGCGGCAAAAAUGUUGGGUCCUGUUUGACUAUCCAGGGGAUAUUAGACUGUUAGAUUAUGUCUAUUGACAGGGGAAUUGAGUCCACUGAUGUUGAGAGAUAUUAAAGACAAAUGAUUUGCUGUUUUGUUGUUAUAGGUGGCAUUAUGUGCAUGUGAUUUACUCCUUUUGCCUUUGUUGUGAAAUGAUUAAUAUCUUGGGUUUUCUUUGGUGCAUCUAUCCUCCUCCUUUUGUUGGAGUUUUCCUUCUAGAAUCCUCUUUUGGACUGGAUUGGUAGAUAGAUAUCCUUUAAAUUUAGUUUUGUCCUCAAAUAUUUUGGUUUCUCCAUCUAUGUUGAUUGAGAGUUCUGCUGUGUAUAGUAGGCUGGGCUGGCAUUUGUGUUCUUCAGAGUCUACAUGACUUCUGUCCAGGUUCAUGUGACUUCUAGUACCUCUCUUGAAAAAUCUGAUGUAAUUCUUAUAGGUCUGCUUUUAUGUGUUACUCGGUCUUUUCCCCUCAAAGCUUUUUAACAUUCUUUCUUUGUUCUGUGCAUUUAGUGUUUGGAUUAUUAGGUGAUGAGAGGAUUUUGUUUUUCUGGUCCAAUAUUUGUAGUUCUAUAGGCUCAUUGUACCUUUAUGGCCAUCUUUUUCUUUAGAUUUGGGACGUUUUCUUCUAUCAUUUUGUUCAAGAUGUGUUCAGGUCCUCUAUUCCUUUUAUUCUUAGAUUUCUGCUUUUUAUUGUGAAUUACCAAGAUGUGGGGUUUGAAUUUUAUUGACAGUUGUUUCAAUAAGUUGUAAGAUGUUACUGCACCUGAGAGUCUCUCUUUUAUCUCUUGUAUUCUGUUGUUCAUGCUUACAUCUGUAAUUCCUGAUCUGUUUCCUAAGUUUUCCAUUACAACAGUUCCCUCCAUUUUUGUUUACUUUAUUGUUUCUACUUCUACUUUUAGGUAUUGUACAGCUUUUGUUCAAUUCCUUUCCUUGUUUAAUAGUGUUUUCCUGUAUUUCUUUAAGAAAUUUGUUUCCUCUUUAAGGGCUUCUACCUGUUUACAACUGUGUUCUUGUAUUUCUUUCAGUGUAUUGUUUAUAUCCUCCCUAAAGGACUCUAUUAUCAUCAUGACUCAUGAUUUUAAGUCUUCUUCCUGAUUUUCAGGUUCAUUGGUAUAUCCAGCGCUUUCUGUGUUGGGAGAACCAGGUUCUGAUGAUGCCAAAGUGUAUUGGCUCCUGUAGCUUAUGGUCUUAGGCUUGCCUCUCACUAUCUGGAUAUCCCUGAUAGCUCUGUUCUUGGUAUCUCUGUCUGGAGCCUGCCUCUGUGUCCCUGAUUGCCGGAGGUCUCCUGGUAGGCCUAUGGCCCUGGCUAUAGCAGACUUCCUAUUAGGCCUUCAGGCUGUGGGUCAGUCCAUGUGUAGUCUUUUGGUAAUGAUUUAGUCCCUGGAAACUGGUUGAUUGGCAUUGUUGUUUUUAUGGGGUUGCAAGCUCCUUCAACUCUUUCAAUACUUCCUCUAAUUUUCUCCUAGCGGGUCCUGUUCUCAGUUCAGUGGCUUGUUUCUAGCAUUGACCACUGUAUUGGACAUGCUCUGGAUGUGUCUCUCAGGGGAGAUCUAUAUCCAGUCCCUUUCAACAUGCAUUUUUUAGCUUCAUCAGUCUUAUCUAGUUUGGUGGCUAUAUAUAUGGGCCACAUGUGGGACAGGCUCUGAAUGGCGAGUCCUUGAGUUGCUGCUCUAAACUUUGCUUCCAUAUCCCCUCCUAUGGAUAUUUUCCCCCUUUUAAGAAGGAGUGGAAGCAUUUGCAUUUUGGUCAUCCUUCUUCUUGAACUUCCUGUGGUCUGUGGAUUGCAUUUUGGGUAAUUCAAGCUUUUUGGCUAAUAUCCACUUAUCGAUGAGUGCCUGCCAAGUUUGUUUUUCUGUGAUUGAGUUACCUCAUUCAGGAUGAUAUUUUCUAGUUCAUUCCAUUUCGCUAUGAAUUUCAUGAAGUCAUUGUUUUUGGUGACUUCACUGACACAAUGGACACAUUUUUUGAAUCCAUUCCUCUGUUGAAGGGCUUCUGGGUUGUUUCCAGCUUCUGGCAAUUAUAAAUAAGGCUGCCAUGAACAUAGUGGAGCAUGUGUCUUAGGUGUAUGUUGGAGCAUCUUUUGGGUACAUGCUCAAGAGAGGUAUAGCUCAGGCAGUGCAAUGUCCAAUAUUCUGAGGAACUUCCAGACUGAUUUCCAGAAUGGUUGUACCAGUUUGCAAUCCCACCAACAAUGCAGGAGUGUUCCUCUUUCUAACGUCCUCGCCAGCAUCUGCUGUCACCUGAGUUUUUGAUCUUUGCCAUUCUCACUGGUGUGAAGUGAAAUCUCAGGGUUGUUUUGAUUUGCAUUUCCCUGAUGACUAAGGAUGUGGAACAUUUCUUUAGGUGCUUUUUGGCCAUUCAAUAAUCCUCAGCUGAGAACAUUUUGUUUAGCUCUGUACCCCAUUUUUAAUAAUGUUAUUUGGCUCUCUGGAGUCUACCUUCUUGUGUUCUUCCUUUAGCCCUCUAUCAGAUUUAGGAUUGGUAAAGAUAUUUUCCCAAUCUGUUGGUUGCCAUUUUGUCCUAAGGACAGUGUCUUUUGACUUACAGAAGCUUUGCAAUUUUAUGAGGUUCCAUUUGUUGAUUCUUGACCUUUGAACAUGAGCCAUUGUUGUUUUGUUCAGGAAAUUUUCCCCAGUGCCCAUGUGUUCGAGACUCUUCCCCACUUUUUCUUCUGUUAGUUUGAGUGUAUCUGGUUUGAUGUGGAGGUCCUUGAUCCACUUGGACUUAAGCUUUGUACAGGGUGAUAAGCAUGGAUCAAUUUGCAUUCUUCUACAUGCUGACUUCCAGUUGAAUCAGUACCAUUUGUUGAAAAUGCUAUCUUUCUUCUAUUGGAUGGUUUUAGCUACUUUGUGAAAGAUCAAGUGACCAUAAGUAUGUGGGUUCAUUUCUGGGUCUCCAAUUCUGUUCCACUGAUCUAUCUGCCUAACCCUGCAUCGAUACCAUAUAGUUUUUCUGACUAUUGCUCUGUAAUACUGCUUGAAGUCAGGGAUGAUGAUGAGGGGAUCUGGGGUUCUUACCACUUGACUUGUGUGCAGAGGAAUUCCUGCGAGGCUUUCAGCCUUUGGUAUCUUCAUAGGAGCAGAUAAGGUGGUUCCAAUAUUUAUAACCUGUGUUUGGCCCUGACAUUCAGUAUAAAAACAAAGAAAUGAGAAAGAGAUUGUGUCUUGACAACUCACAUAAUUUAUUGUAUUACACAAAAAUAAUCACUUUUCUGGUUUUUGUUGUUGUUGUUGUUGUUGUUCAUAUAAAACAUUAGAAAGCUGCCAUGCAAAUGAACAUUUUUGUUUCAAUUGUUCUUCUCAAUUUAAAAAGAUAAGUAAUUUUCUAACAUUCUUUAAACAACAGAAAAAUCCAAGGGAGGAUUAGGGAGGAUUAUAAAGUAACUGUGGCAAGAGAAAUUAUCAUGAAGAAACAAACAAAACAAAACAAACAAACAAAAAUAAAAAUCAACAACAAAUAUUCUGAAGAAUCUUGGCUAUCACUUUGGACUAGAAUUAGAACCAUUUUUCAAUUUACAUAGAGUUAGUGAUAGACCAAUUGAGAGAACUAAUGAAAUCUUUCUUAAGGAAAAAGUACCAAAGGUAAGUUUUGUACUUGUUCGGUGUCUAAGCUGUUCCUUAAAGGUAAUUCCACCGUAAUUACCUUUAAGGUAAUCAAGGGUGUCAUACAGAAGAAUAGAGUUGUCAGGAGUGUAACAAGGUUAAAGGUUUAAAGUAAUAUCUUCACUAUUGGAAAAAUGCCUAUGUGCAUUUUAAAUGAGUCAGCAUCUGAAAAGGGUUACAAAGCAAUCCAUCAUGUGACUUGUGGCAAAAGGAAGUACAGUGGUAGGAUGUAAAGACACCCUUUUCUCACAAAUUUGCAUACCUAAAAAGACUGGCCUGGUUAUGAAAUCUGAAGUUGAUUUACUUGAAAUACAACUGAAGUGACUAGGCAGCAGUGUUAAGACGAGAGGUAUAAAUCCCAGAUCUCAGGAUCAACCACACACAGACUCCUAUCCUUCCUGCCCACUUCUGCCUUCAGAAAGACAAGACUUUAAGGUCACACAAAGCCAUCAUGCAUUUGUUUGCUAAAGCGACUACUCAAUUCACACUUGAGCUGUACAGGCAGCUCAGAGACUCAGAGGACAACAUCUUCUAUUCCCCUCUCAGCAUAAUGACAGCAUUAGCAAUGCUCCAGCUCGGAGCCAAGGGAAACACUGAAAAACAAAUUGAGAAGGUUAUUCAAUUCCAUGAAACCACAAAGAAGACAACAGAAAAGUCUGCAGACUGUCAUGAUGAAGAAAGUGUGCAUGAACAAUUUCAAAAGUUAAUGACUCAGUUAAACAAAUCCAAUGAUGCUUAUGACCUGAAUUCUGCCAACAGUAUCUAUGGAGCAAAGCAUUUCCCAUUUCUCCAGACAUUUUUGGAAGACAUUAAGGAAUAUUACCAAGCUAAUGUGGAAUCCCUUGACUUUGCACAUGCCGCAGAAGAAAGUGAAAAGAAGAUUAAUUCCUGGGUGGAAAACCAAACAAACGGAAAAAUCAAAGACUUGUUUCCUAAGGGAAGCCUGAACAGUAGCACUAUCCUGGUUCUGGUGAAUGCAGUGUAUUUCAAAGGACAAUGGAAUCACAAGUUCGAUGAAAAGCAUACCGAAGAAGACAAGUUUUGGCUGAACAAGAAUACAAGUAAACCUGUCCAGAUGAUGAGGCAAAAAAACGAGUUUAACUUCAUCUUUCUGGAGGAUGUGCAGGCCAAGAUGGUGGAAAUACCAUACAAAGGCAAGGAGCUAAGUAUGUUCAUCCUGCUGCCAAUGGAAAUUGAUGGUCUGAAGAAGCUUGAAGAACAGCUCACUGCUGACAAGUUACUAGAGUGGACAAGAGCAGAGAACAUGAACAUGAUCGACUUGUAUUUGUCUUUGCCACGGUUCAAAGUGGAAGAGAAGUAUGACCUCCCAGGUCCGUUGCAGCACAUGGGGAUGGUGGACGCCUUUGACUCAAAGAAGGCUGACUUCUCAGGCAUGAGCAGCACUCAAGGUCUAAUGGUGUCUAAAGUUUUACACAAGUCCUUUGUGGAGGUAAAUGAAGAGGGGACAGAAGCUGCUGCUGCCACGGGGGUAGAAGUCAGUUUAACAUCAGCACAGAUAACCGAAGACUUCAAUUGUGAUCACCCUUUCUUAUUCCUCAUCAAGCACAAUGCUACCAACAGCAUCCUCUUCUUUGGCAGAAUGUCUUCUCCUUAAGUGUGGUGGCUGUGCCUUGUGUCCAGAAAAUAUAACAAAGUUGCUGCAGCUACUUUAGCCUGGAAACAAGUUUCUAUCGCUUCAUUUUCUUUUCUAUCUCAGAGUCCCUACUAAGAAUGCAUUAGUGAGGGAAGGAUAGCUCUAUUAUCUCUAUCCCUUCUUGCUUUCCUUCUUUUUUCUAUAUAUACAUACAUUAUCUGAAGAAAAAUUCAACAAACAGAUGAAGGGAUGUUUAAACACAGUUUCUUCUACUGUAACAUGAAUCUGUGACCUGCGUUAAGUGAGCUGGAGAAAAAUCAUACCUUCUUUUAAAACUGAUUAGUAUAAUCAUCUAAUUGCUUUAGGAGAUAUCUGGACACUUCAUAAGCUUAUAAAUGUUGUGAAGUUACAAAUUACAUUUUCAAUAAAAUAAUGAUCUUUUCUAUGUA